AUGAAUUAUUGGUGUAGAGUUAUUGCUCUUCGCUGGUUGCUUACUAUUUUCUCAUCAAGACAAUCAAAAUCAUUGGUGUUCCUCUUUCUCUUGUUCAUUCACCAAAGCAAUGAGUUUGGUUUUGGUUUCUUUCUGAAAGUCAGAGCAAAGAUGGGAGACUGUCUAUCAGUAUUACCAUGGGGUCAAGCGGUAGAUAUAGCCUGCAACUGCUUACUUGGGGAUGGAAAUUACAUUCAUAUGAUGAAGGAUAAUCUCGAGGCUCUGAAAACAAAUAUGCAAAAACUUAGAGAAAGGCGAAAUGAUAUUGCAACAAGAGUUUCCAUAGAAGAAGAUAAAGGUUUAGAGCAGCUUGAUCAAGUAAAAGGAUGGCGUUCAAGGGUAGCAAGUAUUGACUCUCAGGUCAGUUGUCUGCUUGAGGAUGAACCAGCUGAAAUCAAUCGAUUGUGUCUUUUUGGAUAUUUUUCCGAAGAUUGCAUAUCAAGCUAUGAGUAUGGUAAAGAGGUAUCAAAGAAGUUGGAAGAUGUUAAAGAGCUUUAUUCUGCAGGAGAUUUUAAAGAUGUGGCUGGAAAAAGGCGUGCAGCAAAGGUGGAAACGAAACGUAUCCAAACAACAGUGGGUUUGGAUUCGAUGAUUGGAAAAGCAUGGGACAGCAUCAUGAAACCUGAACGAAGAACUUUAGGUAUUUAUGGAAUGGGGGGAGUGGGGAAAACAACCCUCUUAGCUACUAUCAACAACAAAUUUGACGAAGAGGUGAAUGAAUUUGAUGUUGUGAUAUGGGUUGCGGUCUCUAAAGAUUUGCAAUACAAGGGCAUUCAUGAUCAGAUUCUAAGAAGAUUACGUGUUGACAAGGAAUGGGAAAAUCAAACAGAGGAGGAGAAAAAAAAAUUAAUAGAGAAUAUCCUAGGAAGAAAGAAAUUUAUACUGCUGUUAGAUGAUCUGUGGAGCGCGGUAGAUUUGAACAAGAUUGGAGUUCCAAGUCCAACUCAAGAAAAUGGAUCAAAGAUAGUUUUCACCACUCGUUCAGAAAAAGUUUGCAGCGACAUGGAAGCUGACGAUGAGCUGAAAAUGGAUUGUUUGCCAACGACUGAAGCGUGGGAACUGUUUCAAAAUGCAGUUGGAGAAGUCCGAUUAAAGGGGCAUCCAGAUAUUCCCACACUUGCAAAAAGAAUUUCUGAAAAAUGUUAUGGCUUGCCGCUUGCACUCAAUGUGAUUGGCAAAGCCAUGAAAUGUAAAAAGGAUGUACAUGAAUGGCGUGAUGCAAUUGAUGUUCUCAAUACGUCUAGCAGCGAGUUUCCAGGUAUGGAAGAAAAUAUUCUUUCAGUUUUGAAGUUCAGCUAUGAUGGUUUAGAGGAUGAAAAGGUGAAAUCAUGCUUCAUGUAUUGUUCUUUGUUCCCGGAAGAUUAUCAAAUAAAUAAGGAGGAGUUGAUAGAGUAUUGGAUUGGCGAAGGAUUUAUAAAGGGAGAGAGAGAUGAAGAUGGAAAUAACAACAAAGGUCAUGCUAUAAUUGGUUCGUUGGUUCGUGCGCAUCUAUUGAUGGAGUGCGAAACUAAAUCCACUCUUUUCGAAAUUGGAUUACUACCUGCGGUGAAAAUGCAUGAUGUGUUACGUGAAAUGGCUCUUUGGAUAGGGUCUACUUCUGGAAAAGAGGAAGAAAAACAGUGCGUCACAUCCGGUGUGAAGCUAAGCCGUAUACCAGAUGACAUCAACUGGUCAGUUUUGAGAAGGAUCUCGUUGAUGAGUAAUAGAAUUGAAGAGAUAUCUUGCUGUCCCAAAUGCCCCAACCUUUCGACUCUGUUUCUCCAGGAUAACAUGUUGAAGGUUAUACCGGGUGAAUUCUUUCAGUUUAUGCGAGCCCUUGUCGUCUUGGACCUUUCGCGUAAUUUCGGUCUUAGGGAAUUGUCGGAAGAAAUUUGCAGCUUGACUUCCUUGCAGUACCUCAAUUUAUCACGGACAGGUAUACAUUCGUUACCAGUUCAUUUGAAGGGGUUGAGGAAACUAAUAAGCCUGGACCUGGAGUACUGUUUCGGACUUGAAAGCAUUGAUGGGAUAGGAACAAGCUUACCAAAUCUUCAGGUGUUGAAACUAUUUCAUUCUUCUGUUUUUAUUGAUGCAAGAUCAAUUGAAGAGCUACAACUUUUAGAGCACUUGAAGAUUUUAACAGGAACCGUGAAAGAUGCUUUAAUGUUGGAAAGUAUCCAAAGAGUUGAGCGAUUGGCCAGUUGUGUUCAACGCCUUUGGAUUAUCAAUAUGUCCGCAGAGGUUUUAACAUUAAACACGGUAGCUCUGGGCGGUCUUCGAGAACUUUAUAUUAUGUACUCCGAAAUCUCAGAGAUAAAGAUAGAGUGGAAAAGCAAAGAGAAAGAAGAUCUUCUAUGUGACAGUUCUCCAUGCUUCAAGCACCUCUCACAUAUUGUUAUAGUCAAUUUGCAAGGUCCAAAAGAAUUGACCUGGUUAUUGUUUGCUCCAAAUCUCAAGCAUAUAUCGGUGGGACGUUCACGAAGGCUAAAAGAAAUAAUAAAUAAGAAGAAGGGAAUGAGUAUUAGCAAUGUGCAUCCUGAUAUGACGGUUCCCUUUCGGAAGCUAGAAACCCUCAGUUUAUGGCGCUUGAGUAAAUUAAAGAGAAUAUGCUCCUCCUGCUGUUCAAUCCCUGAGAACUUUAUAUUAUGUCCUCCUCCUGCUCUUCAAUCCCUGAGACAUUUUUUUGUCGAAGACUGCCCAAAGCUACCCAAAGCUGCCACGAAGAGAGUCCGAGACACCAUCAAGAAUAAUGAAGAUGAUGAAUGAGGCUCUGAAGCCCUGUUGCAUAUGUCAUAUGUGUGUGUGAGUGUAUCCUCUCAGUUUCUUAAACUUGGUUUUCGUUUUAUUGUUCUGCUUUUGCAUGAUCACAUUUCCACUAUUCUCCCGUUUGUAAUCAUUUGAUACACUUUCCUUAAAGCUUUCAUUUGUGUGUGUUUUGUUUCA